UCAAGAGGUCUCUCUCUAUAUAUAUAUAUGCCAUGUGUGUGUCCUUGAUCAUAAGGGUCGUCGACUUUGCUGCAGAAAUGGGAGCCAACGAGGUAUUGAAAAUAGUGUUAAAAGUGGAGUUAUAUUGCCUCAAAUGCAAGGUCCUGGUGAUGAGAGCAAUAACCAAACUGAUGGGGAUUGACAAGAUAGAGAUCGAUGCCGAGAAAAGCACGGUGACGGUGAUCGGCAACGUUGACCCAGUGGCCGUAGUCACCCGAUUGAAGAAGGCAGGGAAGAUGGUUCAGAUUGUGACGGUGGGGCCACCGCCAAAGGUGGAGGAGAAAAAGAAGGAGGAACCCUGCAGGCUCCCGGUCUGCUGUAAAACGUGCGAACGCAUCUCUAUUAGAGUUAAAGAUGACCGAGGAUGCGUCAUCAUGUGAUGAUAUUGGACAUUGACUGCUAUAUACAUGAAAGCCUGUAAUAUUGAUCGUUACUAUUUUCAAAACAUUAACAAUCAAUGCUGUUAAAUUCCUUCA